CGUUCACGACGGGAUCAUCGAUUGGUUGAGACGCAGUUCAUUCGUUCCAUCGGUUACUCACCAAUUCAACAUUCCGAACGCCGGGUUGCAACUCCUCUUCUUCGACACUGUUCUUUGGCAUUUGAGUCGGUAGACCUCACAAAAAAAACUUAACAAAAUGUUCGCCUGUACUCGAUUCAUCGCUCCAGUUGCCAGAUCUGCUUUGGUUGGCAGUAGCAGGAAUUACAUUCGUCCUCUUAGCAGUGCUGUGAUCAACCAAAGUCAAUCCUUACAGGAGAGUCAAAAACAGACUCCAGUCAGUUUGUCCCCCAUAGUUCGCAGCUUCCAGACUUCCACGAUCAGUCGUGACAUCGAUUCAGCUGCCAAAUUUAUUGGCGCUGGCGCUGCAACAGUUGGAGUAGCUGGAUCCGGUGCCGGAAUUGGAUCUGUGUUUGGAUCAUUGAUUAUUGGAUAUGCAAGAAAUCCAUCAUUGAAACAGCAAUUGUUCUCAUACGCCAUCUUAGGUUUUGCCCUGUCUGAAGCCAUGGGUCUCUUCUGUCUUAUGAUGGCUUUCUUACUUCUAUUCGCCUUCUAAGCCACAAAUCCUCCAUAACGAAUUACCAAUAGUUUUAGUGCGUCACUGCCAAGGCAGCUUCAUCUGGCUUGAAAUAAUAGUAAGAAGAAAGCUGUCUAUGGUUCACGGGAGCCCAUGAAAUUAUUAAGGAUGCCGAUGACUCUUGGCACUGGUUGGAGCGCGACGGUGCGACAGUUUAAUAUGUAACAUAACAAAAUACGGGGCUGUAAACAGAUAAAUUAUGUUAAAUAAUAACAUCGUCAUAAAUCCCAUCCAGUGGCUCAUAAUUAUUUCAUGGCCUACCGACUCAUGUAGCGUAACUCACAUUGUUAUAAAGUAAUUGAACUUCAAUGUAAUGAAAAAUCGAAUAGAGGAUUAUUGAAAAAUGUUAUCAUCAGCCUCACAAAAUGCAUAGUCCAUUCAAUGUGCAAAUGCACGUGCGCGCCCAAACUAUUUCAAUUAUAAUCUAUUUGAAAAUAUAAUUUCACUUAUGCGUUGUACGGUUCUCGUGACAAUUAAUGAAAUAAAAUACAGUUCAUUUGUUAUUUGAAACGAUUCAUCAUUGUUAAAUCGUCGGUAUGCAUGUUUGCAGUAACUGCAAAGAACAUGUACAGUAAUGUCGAAUAAACAUCCAUGUCGUGCGAUAAACAA